AUGGGCUGCAACGACUGGCUGGGCAACAAAAUCGACCUACUCAUCCGGACGAACGAUAUCCACCGCAUCACGGACAGCCUGCUCCAGCUUACAUCGUGGUCGACGAUGGGGGGCAAGGAGAAGAGAGACGCCGAUGUGCUCCUGGUACGGGAACAUCCAGACUGCGCAUGUUUCGCAUGUUUCCACAUCCUGCGCCUCUGGACCGAAGACAGCUACCACCUGUACAUCGACAACGAACGGAUGGUUCAGGUAUACGCAGAGACCUUCAUCCAAAAACCGGAAUACCGCAAUAGCUGGAGAACCUAUCUGGCAACCCAAUCGGCAGCCGAAUCGACCAUUCACCAACCGAACGCAAUGCCCAGUCUUCUCGGACAAACAGAAGCCAAACUCGAGGACGACACUUUCAACAUUGCCAUGUCGUUGAUCGAGUUCAACCAACUGUACGAGGUCAACGACGUCAAGACACUAUUGCACUCGACCAGCCAUCCUGUGCUGUCGCGCCUAACGACGACGCUGGAGACAGCAAAAGACACCGAAUCGGAAGAAGAACGAAGCUCGUCGCCGGAUGGGGCUAUCAACAAGGGCACGAAGCGCCCACGCCAAGCUCAAGAAGAGUCAUCACCGGGUGACAUCGCCAACAAGGUCAGGAAGACGGCACCGGCUUCGGUGAAGGAUCAAGCCAAUAGCGAUAACCCGGGGCCGCUACCAGCCAACAAAGACAAGACGUGA